CCCUAGACCGCGUUCGCAUUCUAGGGCAAUGGAGAGGGAGGCGGCGAGGACGCGAAAUAUUUGCAUUCUCGCGCACGUCGAUCACGGCAAGACCACCCUCGCGGAUCAUCUCAUCGCCGGCGCUGGAGGCGGUGUCUUGCAUCCCAAGCAAGCUGGUAAGCUGCGGUACCUGGAUUACAGGGACGAUGAGCAGCAGCGCGCCAUCACGAUGAAGAGCGCCUCGAUUGCGCUUAGAUUCCAGGGACAUUCCGUCAAUCUCAUCGAUUCUCCCGGCCACAUUGAUUUCUGCAGCGAGGUUUCCACCGCCGUGAGGCUGAGCGAUGGGGCGCUGGUCCUUGUGGAUGUUUGCGAGGGCGUCCACAUUCAAACACACGCGGUGCUUCGCCAGGCCUGGAUGGAACAAGUGAAGCCGUGCUUGGUUCUCAACAAAAUGGAUCGUCUCAUCACCGAGCUCAAAUUGACGCCUUUGGAGGCCUACACUCGAAUGAAGGGAAUUAUCUCCGAAGUGAACAGCAUAAUGAGUGGAUUUCGAUCUGAGAAGUAUUUAUCGGAUGUGGAUUCCAUUCUUGCAGGAGCUGAGGAGAAGGCCAACGGACGCGAGCAAGAAGAUGGUGAUUCUUUUGACGACUACGAUGAUAGCGAAUCCGAGAAGGAUGUUUUCUCUCCGCAGCAGGGAAACGUAGCCUUCUCCAGCGCCGUCGAUGGGUGGGCUUUUAGAACGUACCAGUUCGCGGAGUUAUACCGGGCAAAGCGGGGAUUUAGUCUUGCGUCGCUGAGGAAGUCUCUGUGGGGUGACUUCUACUUCUUAGCAAAGGAGGAGAAAAUCGUGGGGAAGAAGGCCGCUGGGAAGCACAAGCCGAUGUUCGUCCAGUUCAUAUUGGAGCCGCUAUGGCAAGUUUACAACGCCUGCAUGGAAGGGAAGCAAGGGAUCGAAAUGCUUAACAAGGUGGUGGAGAAAAUGAAGCUCACCAUAUCGGUUCGUGAGCUUCAGAACAGGGAUCCAAAGAUAGUUCUGCAGGCGGUCAUGAGCAAGUGGCUUCCUCUCCACGACAACAUCUUGUCAAUGGUGCUGGAAGUUCUACCAGAUCCGGCCACAGCUCAAGCAUACCGCACAACAACAAUGUAUCCCAGAAGGCUUGUUGCUUCUAGUACCAGCCAGGACGUAGAAGCUGAGCUUGAAGCCGUGAGAAGGGCCGUGGAGAGUUGUGACGAUCGACCAGAGGCUCCAUGCGUGACGUUUGUUUCGAAAAUGUUUGCGGUUCCAGUUGAGAUGAUGCCUCGCGGAGAGGAUCUUUUCAAAACGGACUGGAAUGCAGGUGAUAUAGAUGCAUCACACAGGGAAUGUUUCUUAGCUUUCGCCAGGGUCUUCAGCGGAGUGAUAUCAGUGGGACAGCACGUGUUUGUUCUCUCGGCUCUCUACGAUCCAACUGAGGCGCAGCAAGAAAAAAAGAACCUCCAGGUAGCGAGAGUGGAAGCGCUUUACAGUAUGAUGGGCCGAGGCCUGGAGCCUUGUGACAAAGCCACUGCCGGCAACGUCGUGGCCAUUCGAGGACUCGGCCAGUAUAUCUUGAAGUCGGCAACUCUAUCGUCUACUCAGAACUGUUGGCCUUUCGCCGGUUUGAACUUCCAGGCUGCUCCAAUCGUCCGUGUGGCAGUGGAAUCAUCGGAUCCAGCGAACAUGGCUGCGCUCUCGAGAGGCUUAAGACUACUUAACAGAGCCGAUCCUUUCGUGGAAGUGAGCCUCUCCAGCACUGGCGAGCACGUCAUCUCCGCGGCUGGGGAAGUUCAUUUGGAGCUGUGCAUCAAGGAUUUGAAAGAGCGGUUCGCCUGCGUGGAGCUGGAAGUAUCUCCGCCUCUAGUGGCAUUUCGAGAAACCAUAGACGAGAACGCGACCGAGGUUAAGACCGACUAUGUGGAAGUGACUACACCCAACGGCCGAUGCACUAUACGUGUUCACGUCGCGAGGAUGCCGAGCUCACUGACUCAGCUGCUGGACGAGAGUGCGGAGCUGCUCAAGAACUUGGUCUCCGGCAAGAAGAAGCCGCAGACAGCCAUCGAAGGCAAAGCCGAUCCGGUGGAAGCAAUGAAAGCACGGCUACUAGCAGCUGCAUCCGGUGAUUCCGAGAAGAAGAAAGGUGACGGAAGUUUUGAGAAGGAACUGAAACGAAUCUGGGCUCUUGGCCCGCGAGGAGUGGGACCGAACAUCCUUCUCGUCCCGGACUACGACCGCCCAGGACGGCCUAAAGGUGGUACAUCCAUCGACGGUAGCACGUCUACAGCAGAGAUACGAGGCUCUCCAUACGUGUCGGAGCUACUGGGCUUCGCUGUAGCUCACAAGCAGAGCACUGAUCCAGAGAGCUCGGGUUUACUCUCUGCCGAGGCCGAUGGACUGGAAGGCAACAUAGUUGCGGGGUUUCAACUAGCUACAGGAGCCGGGCCACUGUGCGAGGAGCCUCUAUGGGGACUGGUUUUCACGGUAGAAGCUUUCAUCUCCGAGGCAAGCACGGCCGAGAGCGCGGAAAGCCAAAACCAGCCGGGCACUUCGACGUCCUACGGCGUCUUCUCUGGCCAAGUUAUCACGGCGGUGAAGGAAGCUUGCCGGGCAGCGGUGCUACACAGGUGCCCGAGGCUCGUGGAAGCGAUGUAUCUGUGCGAGGUGAGCACCACCUCGCAGUACCUGGGACAGAUGUAUGGCGUGCUGGCCAAGAGGCGAGCUCGGGUGCUCAAGGAGGAGAUGCGCGAGGGGACGGACAUGUUCACGGUGCACGCCUUCAUGCCGGUGGCCGAGAGCUUUGGAUUCGCGGACGAGCUGAGGAGGAAGACGUCCGGCGCCGCGAGCCCGCAGCUGAUGCUGAGCCACUGGGAGGCGCUGGCGGAGGAUCCCUUCUUCGUGCCAAAGACCGAGGAGGAGCUGGAGGAGUUUGGGGAUGGAUCCAGCGUGCCGCAGAACACGGCCAGGAAGCUCAUCGAUGCGGUGAGGAGGAGGAAAGGGCUGCACGUCGAGGAGAAAGUAGUGCGCCACGCUACCAAGCAGAGGACGCUGGCCAGGAAAGUUUGAUUGAUAGUCACGAGAUGCGAGAGAAGAGAGGCUUUUCAAAAGAUGGAACCAGACAUGCAAUCGAAGUUAAAAUUGUUCUAACUAUUUCUUUUCUUUUUUAA